AUGGAGAAACGGAACCAUACAGUGCUAAGCGAAUUCAUUCUGAUGGGCAUCACAGACCACCCUGAUCUACAGGCUCCCUUCUUUGGUCUGUUCUUUAUCAUCUAUGUAACCUCAGUGAUGGGAAAUUUGGGCAUGAUCACUCUCACCAAGAUGGACAGCAGGCUACAGACCCCAAUGUACUUUUUUCUCAGACACCUGGCUUUCAUUGAUCUUGGUUAUUCAACAGCUGUGGGACCUAAAAUGUUAGUAAAUUUUGUAGUGAAUCAAAAUUCAAUCCCUUACAACUGGUGUGCCACACAGCUAGCUUUCUUCAUCUUCUUCAUCAUUAGUGAACUUUUUGUUCUGUCAGCAAUGGCCUGUGACCGAUAUGUGGCUAUCUGCAACCCUCUGCUCUACACACUUGUCAUGUCACAAAAAGUGUGCUGGGUACUCGUGGCAAUACCCUAUGUCUACAGUGCCUCUCUCUCUCUGAUAACCACCAUAAAAAUUUUUAUUUCAUCCUUCUGUGGCUACAAUGUCAUUAGUCAUUUCUACUGUGACAGUCUCCCCUUGUUGACUUUGAUUUGCUCAAGUACACAUGAAGUUGAAUUGAUAGUCUUGAUCUUUUCAGCAUUCAAUUUGGUUUCAUCUCUUCUAAUCAUCCUUGUGUCCUAUAUUCUGAUCCUUGUGGCCAUCCUCAGGAUGAACUCUGCAGAGGGCAGGCAUAAGGCUUUCUCUACUUGUGGGUCUCACCUGACAGUGGUGGUUUUAUUAUAUGGGACUCUAUUCUUCAUGUAUGUGCAACCCAAGUCCAGUCACUCCUUUGACACUGAUAAAAUGGCCUCUGUGUUUUACACCCUGGUCAUCCCCAUGUUGAAUCCCAUGAUAUACAGCUUGAGGAACAAAGAUGUAAAAUGUGCUCUACACCGGAUGUGGAAAAAUCUCUGCAAAUUUUCUACUUAA